AUGCAUGUGUCGCAUAGAGGCACAUGGCUGCAGCGGAGAUGCUUUGGCGUCCUGGUGGUUUUAGGGUUGCACUUGAUACAGGUUUCUGGCAACUUCACGGUUGUGCUCAACGCAUCAACUCCGCCUUGGAGACAGAACCCGAGCGGCUCUAAUCUCCAGCUGCUGGUUCGUAGACUGCAGGAUGACCCAAAGGUCAUUACUGGCCAGCUCGACUACACUCGCACAUCGUUUUCUUUUACCUUCGAGAAUGAUAUUGAAGCACCUAUACUGUGCCAACCUACCACCUGUCAGCCAACGGCAAUUGGUAUCUAUGCUGGGGUGACCAUCUCACAAGUGGAGAUCAUCAUCGAUCCAGACACCUUCAAUGCACCCGGAGCCAAAUUGCGCAUCGUUUUCGAUGCGGUAGAUCGGGCCGGUGCAAAUGUUGGACAGUGUAGGUAUGGAAACUUUGCCUACGGUGCACACUCUGCUAUCGUUCCGCAACCUUGGGCUGGGGUCGGUGCUUCCACCAUCUCUUUGGAUGGGAGCAUGCAAGCAAAGAUCGACCUGGCCAACUUCAUUCCGUUGCUGUUCAAAAUGGGUGGCAUCUAUCACAUUUGCUAUUCUGAUGAUGGAUCUUUUGAUCCUGGACACACAGACAUUGUGCCGCAGAGGAUUGAGGUCUACGGUGUCUUCGAUCACAGAACGCAGUGCGCUGAAGAUGAGACUUGCCUCACCUAUCGGCCCUACCACUGUUUCUUGCGGCGGCAAGCUUACAACAACAUGGACGAUACCUAUGGCGGAACCUCUUCUUGUGUUGUGGACUACAGCUACGAAGGGGCAGGCUUUACUGGCUUCCCUGGCCUUGGAUCAUGGACUGGGCCAUUUGCAACAACCCACGAUGCCGAUGGCAAAGUGACCAACGACGUGGCCCGCACCUGCGGCUCCUCAGGGUUCAAUGACUACCCAGCAGUUUUCCUCUGCAAUGCGAACGGUGCAUGUGGAGCUAUUACUGAUGCAAGGGACCCCUACAUAACGCCCGAUGCGGCACACAGCUACAAGAGAAUCACCAUCCCACCUGGGCGCCCAGAUUUGCAGGGACCGGACUACCAGGCUUAUGCCGUGGCGGCUUGCUACUGCCCAGACUUCCAGAGGUGCGAUGAGUUCAGCCCGGACUUUGUGCAGCAGGUUGGGCUCCUGUACUUCUAUGCCACCAAGGUUUGUCCCAACGGCUUCGAAGCGACGAUGUGCGCUCUGGAUUUCACAGGUGCUGCACCACAGCAUCGCUUUGCUUUGCGUGUUGAGUGUCCCAGCACUGCGUGUGCUUACGCGGACAAAAGCCGAGUAAAGAUUGUUCAGCAAGCAGCUACGAACAACUUGCCGUACUGGGAUCCCACGGCCACAUGUUCCUCUGCAGUGCAUGGGGUGAACAGCGAGGGCUUGCAGGUUCUACCAAUGGACGAUAAUCCAGACGUUGCCACCAUGCAUGGCGGUCUGCGACAGGAUUAUAAGCUCUGGAACUUUAAGAACUCGUCCUCUGGCUUGAUCUUCGAUCCCAAGACUUCAGGCUUUCAGUUCAGGACGGGCCCCACGGACCAUGAGCUACGCAGCCGUUACUCUGGCGAGACCUUUGAUGUCUGCUACUGUGACGGCGACUGCACCACCUCAUCCAAUUGGUUCAAGGUGGGUCAGCUUCGCUUUGCACCCUUCCAACUGGUGAGCAGUGUGUCCAACACCUCAGUCUUGCAAGAGGAGUUCAUCAUUGAGUACAUGAAUAUGCCUGGCACCUUUGGCUUCUAUCGCCCAUGGGUAGACUAUGGAGUGAUGGGCUUGCAGGAAGGCGGUGCCCUGAAGCUGGUCUCAGACCCUACUCUGACCUUGACUGAUGCGGGCUGUGUCACUGCCCCGUAUGAUCGAACGCUGGUGGAUCCCAACACUCUCACCUCGCAAAAUGCUGGCCAAGCCUAUGCUGGUACAAUGGAUCCUGCCAAAGAUGUGAACAAGCUUAUGUUCAAUGGCGGUCAAGUGGCAACGGCCAUGACUGUGAUUAAGGCUGGCUUUAUCUCCGUCUGCUACUGCGCGCGGCCGGUACUGGACACUCCAGGGGUCUGUGCACAUGACCAAUGGGUCUUGGUGAAUCGAAUGACCAUUCGAGGACCUGGGCCUGGACAAAGCUGGACAGUCUCGACGAAUGUCGUCUUUCGAAUUGAGUACUUUGGCUGGGGCUUGGCGAAGGAUGACCAGAUCCGUAUCAUCCCAGCUGCAUCAGAGUGCUCGGAUGUGAAUGGAAACCCACGGGCAGCCUGGGGGGUCACCAACAUCAAAGUGGGAUGUCCACAUCCUUGCUCGGAGGUGGGUGAGGUCAAUGCGGUGCUCAACGGCGACAUUUCGGUUGGGGUGCUCUCUUCCGAUACCUAUAUGUGCGACAAUCAGAAUGCAGACUGCCGAACCAACGACAUCAAGGCAGUGACGGUCCUAGAUGAGAACACCACAGAGUUGGAAUUUGAGGCCUCGUCAUCUCUUGCCGAUGGUGACCUCAUCACCUUGGGUGAGAACUUCAUUUGUGCUCCGGGACAGUCAAUCAUUGUCUGCAAUGAAGAGCGACUUUCUGUUUUACGGGGGCGCUUCAAUUUGGCCGAUCGCUUGGACAAUCACAACUCUGCGCCAAAUGAGUAUAUCUCUGGUCAUGCAGUGACCGUGAAUCCAACCGACCCGCAGAAGGUGACCAUUCGUGUGGGAUGGCCAGAUCCAAAGCCACAGUUCUCGGUGUUGUACCUCGAAAAUCGCCGAGGACGAUGGCAAAGACACAGCAAGGCCAUCAGCAGGGAAGAGAUCAUGGGUGAGAAAGAGCGGAUCAACAUGAAGGUUUGCUGGAAAUACACCCCUGCCAUGGGUGCAUCUGGCCCUAUGCCACGCCAUGUUGCCCAGGUGGGUACUUUGACACUUCUGGAUCCCAACUCCAUGAGCGAUUGCUUGGUGAGUCUGACCUCUUUGGUGAAGAAUCAGCAAACACCCUACGCUCCCAUGAUCAUCUCCUUCAGGACUGCUACUGCAGAGACCGGUAAGCGCUACAGUUCACUUCAGGGCCGGAUGCGCUUGAGGAUCUACUUUGUGAGGACGGUGGCUUUGAAGGCCACUUUCACUGAUGGGGCAGCAAUCGAAGAAAAUCAGGGAGAAGACGAGUUGAACGAGGCAAGGCAGUACAUUUGCGGGAAGCUCUUCAGAGAGGUCUGGUCCUCCGACGAGAUCAAUGGCUUCCCGAUGCCCCGAGGCUGCUACUAUCGAACCUAUGGGCAGACACAGGAGCUCAACAUUCUGUUUGGUCGAAAAAACGGCUUGGCACCCGGGAAGUUUUACCAGUUGGUGCUGAGCGGAGUUGCUAUGGACGAGGCUGUUCGCAAUGGCGAGUAUGUUCACAUUUUCACCACGGACGAUGUGGACCUCCAUCCUUACCUGGCUCUGGAAAGAGGGAUUGCACCUUUGUAUCGAUCCCCACAGGACGCCGCCUACGGCUCCCAGGGGGUGAAGUUCGCAGAGACCGAAGGGGUGAAGAUCUCCAGCGGCGAUGGCACAGAGAUGCUAGAGCUGAAAGGUGGUGUUGAGCUUCAUUUGGCAUUGAAGGGUGAUCCCUUGGGCGGAGGCAUCUCAGCGUCCGCUGUCCUGCGGAUCUUCCUUUGGCCUUUGACGCAGUGGAAUGUAGCCAAUGCCUGCACUGUGGCCUGCAUUCCACAUGACCAGGUUUCUGCGCCUUGCGGUGCGGUGCAAGACUGCAAGGGUGAUGCCAUCAUCCCCAACUUCCACCAGAACUAUCUCCGCAUUGUGCUUCCAUCAGCCAUGGCUACCAUCACCGAGUUUGUGAGCCACACCUUAGUCUUCCCCGACCUGGUGCUGCCGCAGGGGGGCUUUUUCUCCACACGCCUAGCAGCACAGAUCUCCAAGCCUGAUGACACGAAGCCGCACUACACGGAAUCUUCUGGAGACUACAUCUACAAGAUGCCGAACCAGGGUGUUGGUGUGGGCAAGCUGGUGGAAUUCUAUGGGGAUGGUGACCAGCGACCCUACCGCGGGGACAAACAGAACGUGCUGUACGCCAGCAUUGUGCUGCCAGCGACGCUCUUUGCAGCUGUCCAAACUGCAGAUGCCCAGCUUAUUCUGACCCUUCCGAUCGGCUACGAAUGCGUGCGAACGCCAGACAUCAACGGCGAGUCGCCAUGGAGAGCAGAGGACACUUUGGGCGUCUUCAUGGAUGAGAUUCCGCAGGGCACGGGAUCACUGGAUGAGGGUGGCGGGACCAGGGGCUGGUCAGUGUCGGAGAACACGUGCGUCUUUACCCUUCGCCAGAAUGCUGUGGUCUAUGCUGGCAGCUCUUUGUACAUCAGGGUAACGGCCAAUAACCCCGAGGAUGCGUUGAAGCGCACGGAUGCCAACAACCGCUGGCAGGUCACGAUGACAAGCAAAGGCUAUCACCAGUACUUUGUCACCUUUCCUCCUGUAAUAUUCAACACGAUCGUGCAGAACUUCAGCUCCAACACUGCUGUGAUGGGAAAGAUCCAGGAUGCCUUGAUCGUGCCAUCAAAUUACAUGUACUCUGAAGGUGGUGUGGUGAUGUCGCAAGGCUAUCUCAACAUCUUCUUCCGUUCUGAGCAGGGGACUGGCGUCGAAGCCUCUGUGCAUGUGGAGGCUCCGGAGGGCUUUUCCUUCAGCCCAAAUCCAUGCCAAGUCACGGAUCUCGAGGAUUCAUACUAUUCCACGCCUGGACAAAUGGGCUCUCCAACUCGUCGUCUUCCAGGUCUGGUCUCUUGUGAACACCGAACACACCCGUACAACCACGCGGCCAUCAAGAUGAUGGGUGCGAUCUUGUCCAAUAGCUACUAUGCCUUUGGACUCUGGGUCUCGAAUGCAGAGGACUACUUAGCAAGCCAGCGCACUGCCUGGAGGAUCUUCACCUUGGACAUGAAUGACUACCGCGUGGAUGGAACUGCCAUGCCCAUUGCGUCCUUGGCUCACACUGCUACAUCCUUGCCGAUGUCUUCAGACUCCACACAAACGAGCUUUGGAUUGUACCGGGCAGAGCUGAACACACCGACGGUGCUCAACGUGCAGGUGUCAGUGAUGAGCACCAUGCCUUACCGACUGUCCAUGGCACGCACUACUGUGACGAUCCUCCCGUUGCGGGUCAUCGAGCGCAUUUCAUCGACGUUGAGGGUCACCUCCCCGUUUGGGUACGACUGGGAUUUCCAGGAUUCUGAGUUCCGCCACCUUGCCCUAUUCCCGAAUGCGACGCAGUCCCUUGUGCUACUGGGAACCAAUGCGGAUCUGCCAGGCGGCUAUCCACUUCGACAAGGAAACGUGCUCCUUUGGAACCAGGAGAGCCUGUAUUGGCCAAACGAGACCUAUGGGUUUCAGACCUUCAUUCGAGUACCUGAUAGGACUCCGACGGCUUCGCCGAAUGCCUUCAUCUUCGAGUUUGGCCAUGAAGGGACCAGCUUGCAGAGCAGGCACGCAGCCUCCAUGGUCCCGGCGACAGAAGUGCGAGCAUUAACCAAUGCCGUUCUGGAAUACAAGACGAACGUCGAAACCAAGGUCAAUACAAUCACCUUCCAGAUCCAGACCGUCACGGAGGUUCAACAAGGAGGCGGAAUCAUCAUCGAAGGGCCCUUGGGGUUUGAAUUUCCGAACCCUUGUCAACCCCAGGCUGCAUCGAUGGCAAGAGGAUCGACUUAUCAAGUGGAGCCCAUGGUCUCCAAAGUGAUGAGUUUGCCGAUGGAUGUGGCCUGCACCUUCCAGAUGGGCACAGCGCCGAUGGGACGGUCAGUCAUCAGGAUAGCUGCUGGAGCAUCAGGCAUGGCGCCUGGGCUGUAUCGCUUCCAGAUCUUGGGCAAAAAUCCAUCGACUGUGAUGCCAAACCCCGUUGACAACAGCAAGCCCUGCAUGCGGCAGCACUGCUGGGAUUUCCACUCACUAGAGGAUCUCAACAACAUGAACUCACGCCUGGACGCCAUGAUCAGCGUGCCAUCCUUCACCAUCAACUCUAAGAUGGUCGAGGCGCUCCUCCCGACCAUCACCCGGGAACAGCAAGCUGCAAGUCUGCGGGAUGACCGGCCCAACAGCCGAAACCCGCUGAUAUUUGCGUUCAAGUUGGCGAACACGGUAGUUCUGCCUGCAGACAUGCUCGUCAGGGGGCCUUUGGGGACGAUCUUCCGUGAAGACUGCGGGGAGGAUGUGGAGGUGCGUCCCAAUGAGGUCUUUGGCACUGGCCAAACUUUGCCUUCGGAGUAUGCUCAGUGGCCGCAGGGUGUUGCAGUGGUGAGCUGCAGAGGGGAAGGACCAGAUGCAAGGAUCUUGAUAGACCCGGGAGUCAGCGACGGUCUGUUGAGGGAGCUGUUCUACCCGAUCCGGGUAGCACCGCUGCACAAUCCAACGACACAGCCUCUUGACAACCAGUGGACCCUCGACUUCAAUGGCGAAUCCUCUGAUCCCUUCGAGGGUUUUAUGCUGUGGACCUUCACCAGGGCGUCCUUGUUGACUGCGACUACUGGGCGAUCCACAACGGUCACAGGGGAACCGUUCUUUGUGAACCCUGUGUGGCACUAA